CGGGACAAGCUUAGGUUGUGGCGGUUCCCUGGUGAUUGCGCGCUGGUAGCUGAGGCGUUUGCGCGCGAUCGGACGAUGCCGUGACACAGCUUAGCGACAGCGUUGACAGCGUGAUCGCAUCCCUGUGGAGGGAGCCCUUCGGUCGCGGAGGUGGCGCGGUGUCGGACACAGGUUGCUAUUUGAGGGUACUCCCUCGAAGCCCUUCAGCUAGUGGGGGAGGGGGCCCCCCCAAAACACGAACGGUCCGGUCUGCGCCUGCGCGCGCACCUUCGGCGACCCGGGCCGCACGCACGCGCAUGCUCGGUGCACUCGGAGCCGCGGUGGCUAGCGACAGUGCGCGUGCGCACUGAGGGCAGCCCGCUGAGGAGCGGCGCUGGCGGACGUCGGGCGGGCAGCCCGUGACGUCGUGAGGAGAGCUUUAAAGUGCGGUUCGAGUAGGGCGUCGGAGGGUCUGUCCGGGAGUCGGGCCGAGUCUCCUCAGCGGCCCUCCGCGGCAUGAGGCGCUGCCGGCGCCCCUGCCCCCCGGGACGUGGAGAAGGUGGAGGAGGAGGAAACCUCGUUGCCGCCACCGCUGCAUGACCCGCCGCCUCUGAGGCUCGACCCUCGCGCCCGGCUCUCGACGCCCCUCGCCGGGUUCUUCAGCCGCGCAUGGGGGCCUGGCGUUGAAGACUCUUUCCCCCCGGGUCUCCCGGGCGCGUGCCCCGAGAGCCAUGCCCGCCCGCCCCGGAGGACCCUGAAGCAGCGUCGCGGGGGCCAUGGCGGCCGCCAGCGGUUACACGGACCUGCGUGAGAAGCUCAAGUCCAUGACGUCCCGGGACAACUACAAGGCUGGCAGCCGGGAGGCAGCCGCCGCCGCCGCCGCCGCCGUGGCCGCCGCCGCGGCCGCCGCGGCCGCCGCCGAGCCGUACCCAGUGCCCGGGGCAAAGCGCAAGUACCAGGAGGACUCGGACCCAGAGCGCAGCGACUACGAGGAGCAGCAGCUGCAGAAGGAGGAGGAGGCGCGCAAGGUGAAGAGCGGCAUCCGCCAGAUGCGCCUCUUCAGCCAGGACGAGUGUGCCAAGAUCGAGGCGCGCAUCGACGAGGUGGUGUCCCGUGCCGAGAAGGGCCUCUACAACGAGCACACGGUGGACCGGGCCCCCCUGCGCAACAAGUACUUCUUCGGCGAGGGCUACACGUACGGCGCCCAGCUGCAGAAGCGCGGGCCGGGCCAGGAGCGCCUCUACCCGCCCGGCGACGUGGACGAGAUCCCCGAGUGGGUCCAUCAGCUGGUGAUCCAGAAGCUGGUGGAGCACCGCGUCAUCCCCGAGGGCUUCGUCAACAGCGCCGUGAUCAACGACUACCAGCCCGGCGGCUGCAUCGUGUCGCACGUGGACCCCAUCCACAUUUUCGAGCGCCCCAUCGUGUCCGUGUCCUUUUUCAGCGACUCCGCGCUUUGCUUUGGCUGCAAGUUCCAGUUCAAGCCCAUCCGGGUGUCGGAACCAGUGCUUUCCCUGCCCGUGCGCAGGGGGAGCGUGACUGUGCUCAGUGGAUAUGCUGCUGAUGAAAUCACUCACUGCAUACGUCCUCAGGACAUCAAGGAACGCAGAGCAGUCAUCAUCCUCAGGAAGACAAGAUUAGAUGCACCUCGGUUGGAAACAAAGUCCCUGAGCAGCUCUGUGUUACCACCCAGCUAUGCUUCUGAUCGUCUAUCAGGAAACAACCGGGACCCCACUCAGAAACCCAAACGGUCCCAUCGUAAGGCAGACCCUGAUGCUGCCCACAGGCCUCGAAUUCUGGAGAUGGACAAGGAAGAAAACCGGCGUUCAGUGUUGCUGCCCACACACCGACGGAGGGGUAGCUUCAGUUCUGAGAACUACUGGCGCAAGUCUUACGAGUCUGCUGAGGACUGUUCAGAGGCAGCGGGCAGCCCCACCCGAAAGGUGAAGAUGCGAAGGCACUGAGGCCUGUUGUACCUUCCCAGGAACUCUGUUUUUCCUCACUUAGCUGCCCCUCCUUUUGUUUUGAGGAUUUUGUUUCUGGGUUUUGGGGGCUUUUUUUUUCUUUCUUUUUUUUUUGUUUGUUUUGUUAGUUUUAUUUUUAUCCUUACACACACACAUAUAUAUAUAUAUAUGUAUGUAUGUAUGUAUGUGUGUAUAUAUAUACAUAUAUAUAUAUAUAUCCCCCCCCCUUGAUUUGUUGCCUGUUAAGGCCGAAGAACAGAUUGGUUGGGACUUGGUCCUCAUGUUAUUGGUUUUCCUCCUGGAUGGAAAGGUUGUUGGCAUCUACAGGGGACAGAAGCUCAUGCUGGAGUGGCCAGUAGCGAUUGGGGAUAGCCAUCAUGUCAGGCUGGGUUUAUUUAAAAGCAACAUGACCCAUGUCAGGCUGGGUUUAUUUAAAAGCAACAAAAUGUUUUAGUUAAACAACUUCUUGUUUUGCUUUAAAUGUAAAUCUCUUGGUGUUAUAAAGGAAGUUCAGUCUCUUACCCCUCCAAUGAUGUCUGCAUUGGGUUGAGGUUUCCUGGGCUUUGCAGAAAACAAGUCCUGCUGUUCUCCCAUCUCCCACAUGCUCGCUUGGCCCCCAGAGCUCACAGGGACACCUCCUUCCUCCCGCAGUAGUCUUCAUGAUGACUAGGCAAGGUCAUAAACAAUGCCAUUCCCAGAGCUAUUGCUGAGCCCUGGGCUUCUUUCACAACCCUGCUCUUCUCAUGGAUGCUGAGAGUCUGGCUACAGGGUCCUGACCUCUCUUGUCAAGAGCACGCAUCUUUGCUGGGUUGCUCCUUUCAAGCACAGGCAUGUUAUUGUAUGGAACAGUUAGACUUGCCAUUUUGGGCCAGUUUUAGGAAUUGUUUCUAGCUACAGGGACUGUGUCCUUCCAAGUCUAACAUUCGGGGUAUGGAAAAUUGUGGUGUGUGGUAGGAUUUUUUGUUUUGUUUGUUUUCUGGGGUUUUUUUUAGUUUAAUUUUUUUUUCUUUGGUCUCCUGACUUUUUCCUUUUCCUUUCUCCUACAUUGGCCAGUCUCUGAGCCUUGUGUCACCCACCCACCUCUAUUCUCCCCUCCACCCCCACAACCCCUGUCCCCAGGAUGGCACCCACUCUCUCUGUUUGCGUACAGCAUGCAUUCAAGGCCCUAGCUCAGGCCUGCAGAUUGGGUAGGAACCUCUUCCACCUCAGCGGUGUGAGAGCUGGGGAGGGGGCUUUAAAAUUAAUCAAAGGGGGUAAAAAAGGUAAAGUCUUUGGCAUAUUCCACUUACUCAGAUCCCCAAAGACUGCAAGGUUUUGCUGAUCUGGAUUCAUUCUAGGAAUGUCUCCUUGCCAGCCAGGGUCACGAUGCAGGCCUACUGAGAACAGAGGCCUUCCCGGUCCCCAGGCUACCAACUUUCCAGGGGACCUUGUCUUACAGAGGCCCAGGCCUAAGGCUGCAGAACUCGGGGGCAGCCACCCUCAAGAAGCCCUUCUCAGGGGCCAGAACUCUUUUGCCAGCGUGGAUUCCUCAAGUCGGGACUGCACAACUAAAACAGUUGCAGUUUUAUUUUUUUUACAGCUUUUUUCCCAAAAAUGAUUUGUAGUUGUGUGUGCAGCACUUUACCCUGAUAUGUGUGCUCUACAAUAAAAACCAAAUCUAAUAUAUUUUGAAA